GUAUUUGGAGUGGAUGACAGCCAGGAUUAUAAUAGGCCUGUUAUCAACGAGAACCAGAAAGAUUUAGUAAAAGAUUGGGCUAUAAAUUCUGCUACAGUAGUGCUGGAAGAAAAAAGACCACAGAAUACAACUGGAUUUCUUGACACAGAGGAAGGUUCUCCUGCCGCUGGAAGUAAACGUUGGGUAUCACAGUGGGCCAGUUUGGCUGCUAAUCACACACAUCAUGACCAAGAUGACAUCAAAUUGGAGUCAUCUGUGCCUGCCCCAUUUGAAAACGAUGCAGACAUCAGUGAGUCUGGUAUUUCUGUUAGAAGCGCUGGUUCAGCUCAUUCUAUGACCAGCCAAGGUGAGCGAAAGAGGAGGACACUUCCACAGCUUCCCAAAGAGGAGAAAGCGAAUGAAAGCUCAAAAGCAAAAACUUCAUCUCAUCAGAGAUCAGAAAUAGGUGAAAAGCAAGACACUGAACUUCAGGAGAAAGAAACUCCAGCUCGUGCCUCAGAUGCUGACAGCAGAAUUAUAGCUAAGUCAAGCAGAACAAUGAAUGGUCUUUCACCCAAAGCUACUGGAGACAAAAUUUUUUCUUUCCCCAGCUCUUCCAGUAAAGAGAGAGUUGAAAUUGGCAGAGAAACUUCAGUGGUGAAACAAGCUUUAGCAAAAAUUCAACAAGAAAGAAAGGAGCAAGGACACUGGACACCCACAAAAUUAUCCUCUACAAAAGCUGCUGCAAACCAGGUUGAGAAAGGUAGGGAGGAGAUGACUGUGUCACCCAAAACUUUGGAUAAUCAAGACAAAGCUCCUGGACACGUUACAGAUAAAGUAGAAAUGAAGGUGGCACAGCGUGAGGGAAAAAGAAGAAAAAAUGAGGAAACUGUUAAAGGACAAAGUCCUAAAGCACCUGGAGGAGAAAAAAAGGAAUCUUCAAAACCAUUAGUGAGGCAAGGUAGCUUUACUAUAGAUAAGCCUAGCACAAAUAUACCUAUAGAACUUAUUCCUCACAUUAAUAAGCAAAGUGGAUCUGCUGCCCCUUUAGCAUCUGCAAGCAGGAUACGUGACAGAAGUGAUUCAAUGGACACUGAUUCCAGUCUAGAUACAACCCUCAUUUUAAAAGACACAGAAGCUGUAAUGGCUUUCCUUGAAGCUAAAUUGCGUGAAGAAAAUAAAACUGAUGAAGGUCCUGAUACUCCUAGCUAUAACAGAGAUAAUUCCAUAUCACCAGAAUCAGACGUAGAUACAGCCAGCACAAUCAGUCUCGUUACUGGUGACACUGAGAGAAAAUCCACACAGAAGCGGAAGAGCUUUACAGCCUUGUAUAAAGAUAGAUGUUCCUCUGGUUCCCCUUCAAAGGAUGUUUUAAAAUCUUCUGCAACAAGUGCCAGAGAAAAGAUGGAAAAGAAAACUAAAACUCGAUCUUCAGAUGGUGGCUCUAGAGCUGAUGCUCGCAAAACUGUACAGUCCAGUGGAAGAAUGAGACAACCAUCAGUAGAUUUGACAGAUGAUGACCAAACAUCUAGCGUACCGCAUUCUGCCAUUUCUGAUAUCUUAUCAUCUGACCAGGAAACCUACUCUGGCAAAUCACAUGGAAGAGUUCCUUUUGCCUCAGCAGAUGAACUUUUACAUUCCAAAAUGGAAGGAAAGUCAGCGAAAUCAAAAACCUCUCCUGUUGCACUUGGGCAAUCUAGUAAAUCUACUACUCUUCCAAGACCUCGUCCUACAAGAACUUCUCUCUUGCGCAGAGCACGGCUUGGUGAAGCCUCAGAUAGCGAGCUUGCUGAUGCUGAUAAGGCAUCAGUGGCUUCUGAAGUGUCCACUACAAGUUCUACAUCCAAACCUCCAUCAGGGAGGAGAAGUAUUUCCAGAAUAGACUUACUUGCUCAACCUCGCAGAACUCGACUUGGCUCUUUAUCAGCACGUAGUGAUUCUGAAGCAACCGUAACUAGAAGCACUGCUUCAUCUCGUACUCCAGAAGCUAUUAUCAGAAGUGGUGCAAGGUUAAUAUCAACAGGAGAUAGUAGUAAAAUCUCUGCUAGAACUCGAGCCAAUAGCAUUUCUCGACUUUCAGACUCAAAAUCCAAAUCUUUGGCUUCAGCUCAUAAUUCUCCCUCAGUAAGUGCAAGAUGGAGGCGCUUUCCUACAGAUUAUGCUUCCACCUCAGAAGAUGAAUUCGGAUCAAACCGUAAUUCCCCUAAACAUACCCGUCUACGUACCUCUCCAGCCCUGAAAACCACGCGACUGCAGAGCACUGGGACAGCAGCUCAAAGUAGCAAUACAUUCAAGCACAGAAUAAAGGAGCAGGAGGACUACAUUCGGGACUGGACUGCUCACCGAGAAGAAAUAGCAAGGAUCAGUCAAGAUCUGGCUCUCAUCGCACGGGAAAUCAACGAUGUAGCAGGAGAGAUAGAUUCAGUGACUUCAUCAGGCACUGCCCCCAGUACCACAGUAAGCACUGCUGCCACCACCCCUGGCUCUGCCAUAGACACUAGAGAAGAGCUGGUUGACCGAGUAUUUGACGAAAGUCUCAAUUUUAGAAAAAUCCCUCCACUAGUGCAUUCCAAACCACCAGAGGGGAAUGGUCGGCCUAAUGAUACUAGACCUCAGCUAACAGAUGCCCUCGAUCCCCCAACAAUUACCCGGAGAAGGACUUGGAGCAGAGAUGAAGUUAUGGGGGACAGUUUGCUGUUGUCCUCAGUCUUCCAAUUUUCUCGCAAGAUAAGACAAUCCAUAGACAAAACAGCUGGCAAAAUCAGAAUAUUAUUUAAGGACAAAGACAGAAAUUGGGAAGAAAUUGAAAACAAGUUACGAGCUGAAAGUGAAGUUCCUAUUGUGAAAACAUCAAGCAUGGAAAUAUCAUCAAUCUUACAGGAACUGAAACGAGUUGAGAAACAGCUGCAAGCAAUUAAUGCUAUGAUCGACCCUGAUGGUACCCUGGAUGCUCUGAGCAACUUGGGAUUUGCCAGCCCCCUCUUACCGGCUCAGCCGAAGCCAAAGUCCAGUCCUGGUUCUCAAAGUACCCGCCCUCAAGUGCAGCCAAACUGCCAGCCUGAAGCUCGGGCCUCUCGACCCGCCGCCGUCCCGGUUGCAGAUGAAUUUCAGAAUGCUGAAUCUGAGUCAGAUUUCAGCAUACAUUUCAACAGGUUUAACCCAGAUGGGGAAGAGGAAGAUGCCACCCUGCAUGAGUGACAUCUCAGUGUUGAUACAAAAGCCGUUCAUGUGGAAUGUUUAGGAAUAAAGGAAAAAUUAUAAUGUUGGUUUUAUAAUU